AUGGCGAUCACAGGCCGGGGAAGCAGGGAUGGUGGGCUGAUGCAAAACCACAAAUCGCUGCGUGCUUUUUUUGGAGGGAUCACCCAAAGCUGCCAAACCUGCUCCUACCCCCAGCCAUUGGCCACGAGACAUCUAUUCUAUAGAUCUGAAAACCCCAUGGUAAAAGGCUGCGUUCACAACAGAAUGCUUCAGCUGCAGCGAGCCGGUGAUCCCCAGAAUGCCUUGCGCUUUGCAAAGUGCCCACACCUCCAUUGGUGCGCCAGGUUUCAAGAUGGCGGGCAGCAAGAUGCGCAGAUAUAG